AUGUUCCUUGUUCUAUUAUUGGCUGAAAACAAAGAAGCUCAGGACAAAGCUCGAAAAGAAAUCGUUGAUGUAUUAGGUGGAUACGGUAACCUUAUGACAAUGGAACAUAUCAAGGAAUUUGAAUAUCUUGAUCGAUGUGCUAAAGAAUCUUUACGAUUGUUUACCACUACUCCAUAUAUAGCUCGUAGUAUAAACAAAGAAAUACAGCUUGGGCAAUAUACGAUACCACUUGGAACUGAAGCUUAUAUCAGUUUAUUUGAUCUUCACCGCAAUCCUGAUUAUUGGAAAGAUCCACUUAAGUUUGAUCCCGAUAGAUUUUUACCUGAAAAUACAAAACAACAACAUCCAUUUGCUUACGUACUGUUCAGCAAAGGGCCUCGUAGUUGUAUAGGUCAAUAA